GGAGUAGGAAAUUGUGCCAUUAGCUCCAUCACCUCCAUGUGUGUACGAUGAUUGAGCAGAGUACUUAAGAUCGGAUCAGAUUCAUAAUUACGAAUGGCUUCUUCAUCUCCAGCAAUAAGCAGCCGGCUUGAAAAGGCGGGGGACAAAUACAGGUCCAUCCUUGCACAUGAAUCAUCGGAAAACAUCCACUGGAGGCACGGCGCUCCUCCCAUCUAUCACCACGUUAACAAGCUCUUUGAAGAUGGCAGAACACAAGUAUGGGCAAAGGGAUCAUUGGAAGAGACGGUUCAAAAUGCAGUGAAGUCGUGGGAAAUGGAGCUUUCUCACAAGACUCGAAUCCAAGAUUUCAAAACUAUUAAUCCACACAAAUUCAAGCUCUUCGUUAAUGGUAUGUAUGUAUGUAUCUACGCAUUAUUUCAUACGGAUAGUAAAAAUAUAUACUUGUAACAAGUUUAAAAUACUCUUUUUAUACUAAAAUAAAGUCAAAAUUAUUACUGUUAUAGUCGGUUAUAUAGUACUGGUAAUACAAUUGUGAAGAAUGCAAUUAAUGGUCAAUUUGAACAAACUUUGACUUCAAAAAGCAAUCUAUGAAUUUAUCUGCAGGUUGAAGGAGUAGGUAAUUUACCAUAAGUCCAUAACAAAGAAGCAUAUGGGUGAACAUGUUAAUUACCACAUAUUUCUGAUUUGAUUUGUGAUUAAUUAAGACAUUUAUUGAGUUAGUUAUUUUGGAUAAGUACUUCAAUACAUAUAUGGUAUACAGGUAUUUAUUAAACAAAUGCUUGCAUAUGUUUAUUAUUACGCUUACUAGUUACUACUACUAUAUGAUUAAAUUACUACUCCCAAAAUGAUGGUGUUGUAUUUCCUAUUUGGGAUGUCCCAAAAUGAUAGUCUUGUUUCAUUUUUUGGUAAGAAAAUUAAAGUAGAUUACCAUUUAUACCCUUACUUUUUAUGAACAGUAAAAGUAAAUGAAUGAACAAUGCAAUAAAGUAAUGUUAUAUGAGUCAUUCUACCAUACUUUCUUAAUAUUUGAACCCAAAAAGUAUAGGUCCAUCAAUUUGGGACGGAAGGGUAUAUGGUUAAAUUGUAAAAAACCAAAAUACAUUUUAUUUAGGUUUUUUAGAUAUUUAUUACUCCGUAUUACUUAUUUAUUACUUUUCCGUAACAUUCGUAUUCUCUCACUUUCU